AUGUCGUUAUUAUCAUCCUUUCGAGCACUCCCUCCGCGCACCCGCGCAAUGAUAGGCGCAAGCUUCAUUGCUUGGGGCACAAUCGGUCUCUAUUUGUCUGAUACGGCAGAAAAGAAGCUUGGCUUUGAACCUACCGAGCAGGAUAGAGCGAAGAUGCCUAAGUUUACGGUGGUUGAGAAAGAGAACUGA